CAUUCCUUUCGAGCCCACAACGUUCAAAUUCGUUUGCUACGCUCACGAGAGCGGACGUGCAGUGCGGAAAAGUCCGACAAAAAUCAGACAAAAGCCCCAAGUCCCCAAAUUCAAACUAUAUACAAAAAAGCAAAAAUACAAAUCACUCACGAAAUUAACUUGAAACAAAAACCCAAAUUAAUAUCGCGCCUGUUGCUUGCGGUUGUGUUUCGUUUGCAUUUAAAUUAACGGAAAAAAAACUACGAAAAUAUUACAUAAAAAGAAAGCAAAUUAAAUUGUAAACUUGUGUCUUAGGAAAGUGUGAUCUAAUUAUACUAAAAUUAAACAGAUAAUAUCCAAACGAGCACAUCCAGUGGCCAGUCUGUGAAAAAAUGGAGAAAAACAACAACAACCUUCCCGCCGAGGAUGAGCAAAUCCUGGCCAAUGGACACGCUUUGACCAAUGGCAAUGGAGUGGUCCACCCCAAAGAGGAGCAAAUUGCUCCUGCGGCCAAUGGGUGGGGUCAAGUCCUGUGGAAUACCUGGGAUGCUUUCGCAGACGUCGCCUGGUUCAUCAUCUGCUGCAUUGGAUACAUUCUGCAGGAUCUUUACUACAUAGCCUUCGGCUAUCCCGAAAAGGAGCUCAACACAGACGUUGCUUUGAUCACAGGUGGUGGCAAUGGACUUGGUCGUCUGCUCGCCGAGAGACUGGGAAAGAUGGGAACCAAGGUCAUUAUCUGGGAUAUCAACAAGAAGGGCAUUGCGGAAACCGUCGAAAUUGUCGAGGAGGCGGGCGGCUUCUGCAAGGGAUAUGUUGUGGAUAUCUCGAAAAAAGAGGAGGUCUAUAAGGCGGCCGAUGUAAUCAGGGAGGAUGUUGGUGAUGUCACUCUACUGAUCAACAAUGCGGGCGUUGUAUCUGGACUGCACCUUUUGGACACACCUGACCAUCUGAUCGAGCGGUCGUUCAAUGUGAAUGUCAUGGCACACUUUUGGACGACAAAAGCGUUUCUGCCCAAAAUGAUUGAGAAUGAUCGAGGACACAUUGCCACGAUCGCCUCGCUGGCCGGCCAUGUGGGCAUUAGCAAAUUGGUCGAUUACUGCGCAAGUAAAUUCGCAGCGGUUGGCUUUGAUGAGGCUUUGAGGCUGGAGCUGGAAGUCCUUGGACAUACGAACAUCCAAACCACCUGCAUCUGCCCCUUCUUCAUCCAGGCCACUGGCAUGUUCGACGACGUGAAUGCCAGAUGGGUCCCCACACUGAAUCCGAACGAUGUGGCCGAUCGUGUCAUUGCGGCCAUCAGGAAGAACGAGAAGCUGGCCGUCAUACCCGGCUUCCUCAAGAUCCUCCUCUCCUUCAAGUGGACCUUCCCCUGGGGCUGUGUGGGUGGCUUGCUGAAGCGCCUGGUGCCCGACGCCUCCCCCCACGGUCUGCCCAGCUCCAUAGCCGCCCCAGUACCGCCGAAGUCCAAUGGCAAGUCGACGGCGGCCGAUAUUGCCGCUCUCGAUGCCGAGCUAAGUAGCGUUACCCUGCCGGCGAAGCCACCCUCGAUGCUCACAAAGGACACCGUCGCUGGGGGAGCGUGUCCUUUGAGCGCCCAACGAACUCCAUACCGCACCACACCACCCACUCCUGUUGUUAUUUCCACAUUAUACUUUUUUUCGAACGCUGUGUGCAUUUUAUGAGCGUGGAGUUACGAGCAUGUGUAAUUGAAUUUCGUGUUUUUGGCAUUUUUCGCUGCGAGGAACCAUUUACUAAAUCUAAGCUACAAAUCUAGUGAUAUUACAUUUAGUUAAAGUAGAUUGAACGGGGAAAGCGUUUAGCCUUAAUUAAUCGAAUUGUAUUUUUGUAAUGCCUCUUAAGUGUACGUUUUUAUGUUAGGAUCAAAUUUUGCAUUUCCGAUUUGCCAGUAGUCAUCACUUAAUUUAAAGUAUCCCCCCUCCCAGCCUGUUUAACAUAAACAAAGUCUUAAGCCAUUAUUUUUCUACUAAUCAAAACUUUUGCUCAAAGGAAUUGUCCAAUUGUCCAAAACUGAAAACUAACUUUGUUAAAAACAUAUUUUUAGCUAUAAGAAAUUCUUAGUUUAUUUAGCUUAGAUAUUAUUUAGGAAUUAUUGAACAAAUUCAUUCAGUUUUAUGUAUAAAAAAAACAAAUUUAUGUUCAAAAUAUAUUAUAUGAAAACAAUGAAA